AUGCAGGAUUGUAAUAUUUUAUUUUGUGCUACAGCUAGUGUGGCUACCAUAAAACUCCCCUUGCUUAUCAAAACCUUUAUUAAAGAAGCAAGUCCACAUUUCAAAAUAAAUGUAAAGUACUGUUUGACUGAAAAAGCAUUGCAUUUUGUACCAAAAAAUGAACUAGUACCUGUAGAAGGUUAUACUGAUGAAGAUGAGUGGAAUAGUUGGAAGAAAAGAGGUGAUCCUGUUCUGCACAUUGAUCUAUCUAAAUGGGCAGAUUUAUUGGUUAUAGCCCCUCUAGAUGCCAAUUCUUUAGCCAAAAUUGCUACAGGGAUAUGUGAUAACUUAUUGCUCUGCACCAUCCGUGCAUGGGAUAUACGUAAACCAUUAAUAUUUUGUCCUGCCAUGAAUACCAAAAUGUGGAAUCACCCCAUAACUUCAACACAGAUUGAUAUCCUUAAAAGUUGGGGAUAUACAGAAAUACCACCAAUUGCUAAAGUGUUGAUGUGCGGUGAUAGUGGUGUUGGUGCUAUGGCAGAAGUACCUGAAAUUGUCAGAAUUAUCAUAGAAAAUAUACCCAAGAGCUUAGAGAUUAGAUCUAUUAUUAUAGAUGAAUCCGAAUGCAAAACUUGA